CUCCAUUCGUACUCAUUCACAACGACAUUUCCAAAGCUCCAAAAAUUUCCUCCAUAAAAUCCCCUCUUUCUCAUGCUCUGAUUCUUCAAUACCGCAAUGAAGCUGAAACAUCCUCCUAGCUCCAGUUCUCAAACCCUAACUUCAACGGCCUCGUCUCACGACGCUACGUUGCUUGUCCGUGAAACUCUCCGGAUUAGUGCCGACCUCGCCUCCGCUCCUCCGUCGCCGUCCGUCGCCGUUGAGCGGCGGCCGGAAGUGGCGAGCUUUGGGCUUCAUGAUCGGCAAUUUGUUGAUUCGAGCUUGAGAUUGCUCUGCUGUGAGGAGAUCGACGGUCGCCGAUGGAAGUAUUUCGCUGACGAGAGUGUCAAUUGUGGCUCUCAGCAGUUAAAGAGGAACGCAAUUCGUGCUGUUAGUUUGCAGUCUCCUCAAGCUCCUGUCGAGGAGUUCAUGGGGUUCAUAAGAUCCUACGUGGUUCCAGAAGGUUUUCCUGGUAGCGUUACACCUUCUUAUGUACCAUACAUGACAUGGAGGGCACUGAAGCACUUUUUUGGUGGUGCAAUGGGUGUUUUCACGACACAAACACUCUUAAAUUCAGUAGGAGUUUCCAAGCAUAGAGCUACCCCUGGUGCCGUAGCCAUUAACUGGAUUCUCAAGGAUGGUGCUGGCCGCGUAGGGAAGAUGCUUUAUGCACGACAGGGAAAGAAAUUUGAUUAUGAUCUAAAACAGCUAAGGUUCGCGGGUGAUCUUCUAAUGGAGUUGGGAGCUGGUGUUGAACUGGUAACUGCUGUUGUGCCGCAGUUUUUUCUUCCUUUAGCCUGUGCUGCGAAUGUCGCCAAGAAUGUAGGUGCUGUCACUUCUACCUCAACUCGUACUCCUAUAUAUAAGGCCUUCGCUAAAGGGGAAAACAUUGGGGAUGUAACUGCUAAGGGUGAAUGCGUUGGCAAUCUUGCUGAUUUGCUUGGGACAGGAUUAAGUAUCAUGAUUGCCAAAAGGAAUCCAUCUUUGGUCAAGACAUUUGCCCUCCUCUCAUUUGGAUAUGUCUUCAGCUCUUAUCAAGAGGUGAAAUCUGUUGUGUUGCAUACCCUGAACCGUGCAAGAUUUACAGUAGCAGUAGAAUCUUUCCUAAGGACAGGGAGAGUUCCAACACUGCAGGAUGGAAAUUCAAGGGAAAACAUAUUCAGUUUUCCAUGGAAAAAGCACAGACCUAUUGUUCUUGGACCAAGAUUUAGAGAAGCUUUCCAAGAUCCAAACUCAUAUCUUGCUGUCAAGCCCAUCUUUGAGAAGGAGCAAUAUAUAGUGUCAUACAAUCCUUUUAAGGGAAAUAUAUAUGUGUUGCUCAAGGAUCAAGCUAAGUCUGAUGAUGUACUGAAAGCAGCAUUUCAUGGCCAUGUGCUUCUGCACAUCAUUCGUUCAUCCACCGACAAACAGUCCUCCUCCAGGAAACAGCGGGAAGAUGAACUUUCAGUAUCCUUGUUAUCAACUGCUGAUCUUCAAGCUCAUGUUAUAGAAUCUUAUAAGAUGGUCUCUGCUUUAUAUAUGCCUUUCAAGAGCAAAGCUAAAGAACAGGGCUGGGUGAUGUCGGAAUCACUACUUAAUCCUGGCCGAGCUAGACUUUGUGAAAUGGUCAAAUAAGAUACAUAACUGUUGGAGUCGGUUGCGGAGGAGCUAAAAUUGUUUCUUGUUGUCACAACUAUUUUGCAUGACCAUUGAUGUCACUGCCGCACUGCAAAGCAUUUGUGCAUCUAGGGGAAUUUGCUACAUGGCGGCAAAUGAGGUCGGAUUUUUGAAGUAAUUGCCAGAUGUUUAUCUUGAUGCUGUGUAGACGCAAUUUGCUACAUGUGCUUGCUAUUUUGUAGCGCGACAGUUUACCUGUACAUCAGCAGCUCGUGAUUGGCGUAAGCAAGAAAAUACACUUAGUGAAAGAGAUUUCAGUAGAUUUGUUUAUUCCACCAAAAACAAUUUCUUUGAUAUUUUCUUGCAUAUAAAUUUUCAUUUUAAUACUAUUUGGUACUGCAUACAAGGGUUUAA